UUAGCCUAUAUUUAAGCAACUUGAUUGUUAGUAUUUUAUUCAAGUAGGUGCUAGGAUACAGCACCUAGAAGUGUAAUAGCCAUAGAAAUAUUUAUACAAGAAAAAAAUAAAAAAAGAGGGAACCAAGCCCCAAACCAGGAAACACACAUACCUUUAAUUUUCAAUUCCAACAAUACAACUUAUAAAGAUCACCACUUAACAAUCUUUCCAUCUCUAUUUUCAAUCUCUCCCCAUCCAAAUUUCUAAAAAAAACUCCAAAAUCCCUUCAACUUUUGUCAAAACCCAAAAUCAUUCAAUCACAAAUUUUCUCCAAAACCCCUUCAACUUUCAAAAAACAAAUCAUUCAAUUACCAAGUACUCAAAUUUUCUUCGAAAUCACUUCCAACUUUUUCCAAAAAUCCAAAUCACUAAAUUACUCCAAUUUUCUUCAAAAUCUCUUCCAACCGUCUUUAGAGCAGUAUAGCUAUCCUUCUUCUGACACAACAACGCAAUUCAAAUAAUUUUUCUUUAACGCAAUUUGAACUGGUAUCAAAAGUAAGUACUAAAUAAUUUCUUUUUCAAAACCCCAAAUCACUCAACUAACCAAAUUCCUCCAAAUUUCCUUAAAAAAAUACAACAAAUGAACAAAAUGAAUUGUGAGUUAUGUGGAAAAAACAGAGCAAGAAUGUAUUGUGAAUCAGAUCAAGCUAACCUUUGUUGGGAUUGUGAUUCCAAAGUCCACUCAGCUAAUUUCCUGGUAGCUAAACAUUCAAGAAAUCUGCUUUGUCAUUCUUGUCAAAGCCCAACUCCAUGGUCCGCUUGUGGCCCAAAACUUUCACCAACUCUCUCCGUUUGCAAUUCUUGUCUCGAAACUUCGUGUCAAGUCAAAAACGGAGAAAGAGUUGAAGAAAAUUAUCAAACGGAAACUGAUAAUGAUAACGAUGACGAUGAUGAUGAUGAUGAGGAGGAGGAGGAGGAAUCUGAUAGUGAUGAGGAUGAAGAUGAAGAUGAUGGGAAUCAAGUUGUUCCUUUAUCAUCUUCUUCUUCUCCGUUGCCGGCACGGUCGGUUAGUUCUUCCGGUAGUUAUGGCGGAGACGGUGGUGCUAUGGAAGCGGUUUGUUCUUCUCCGUGGAAGCGACCGAGGGAAAGUGAUUGCCUCCAUUCUGAGGAUGAAGAGACAUGUUCCUCGAGUUUGAACUGCCACAAUUUGUUGGAAGAUAACAAGGAAACAUCAUCUUCAAUAGGAUUCUUGAGACCAAGGAAGAUGCUUCGAACAAAUGAAUUUUGCGAGUAGUUUAGUCUUUAUUUUUGCAAACUUUUGUUUCGCUACAAUCGAUCAAUUGACUACUAGAGACAUACAGAAAUACAAGUUUAUAAUUUUCCAUUCUUUUUUUCUUGAUUCUCUUUGUUUGCACUUUUUAAUUUUACUUAGAAGCAUCACUUAACCAAGAUUUCAUUUUUAUUUUUA